CCGCGCGCCUCUAGGACUAUAAAGGGUCCGCCCAGGCGGCCGGAGCCAGUCUAGAAAGCGGCUUCUGCUCACUGGCGGCUUCGUAAACGAGACAAACAGUGAGGAAGGCUUUCGUCCCCGGACUUUUUCUUCCCGCCAGUCAUGCGUGAGUGUAUCUCCAUCCAUGUGGGUCAGGCUGGUGUCCAGAUCGGCAACGCCUGCUGGGAACUCUACUGUCUUGAACACGGCAUCCAGCCUAAUGGACAGAUGCCCAGCGACAAGACCAUUGGGGGAGGAGACGACUCCUUCAACACAUUCUUCAGUGAGACGGGGGCGGGCAAGCACGUCCCCAGGGCUGUGUUCAUAGACUUGGAGCCAACAGUGAUCGAUGAAGUGCGCACUGGAACCUACCGCCAGCUCUUCCACCCUGAGCAGCUCAUCACUGGCAAAGAAGAUGCUGCCAAUAACUACGCCCGGGGCCAUUACACCAUUGGCAAGGAGAUAAUUGACUUGGUUUUGGAUAGGAUCAGGAAGCUGGCUGAUCAGUGCACAGGUCUCCAGGGCUUCCUGGUCUUCCACAGCUUUGGGGGUGGCACCGGCUCUGGUUUCACUUCCCUGCUGAUGGAGCGCCUGUCCGUUGACUAUGGCAAGAAGUCCAAGCUGGAGUUCUCCAUCUACCCGGCUCCCCAAGUCUCCACAGCGGUCGUCGAGCCCUACAACUCCAUCCUGACCACCCACACAACCUUGGAGCAUUCUGACUGUGCCUUCAUGGUAGACAAUGAGGCCAUCUAUGACAUCUGCCGCAGGAACCUCGACAUAGACCGCCCCACCUACACCAACCUCAACCGCCUCAUUAGCCAAAUCGUGUCCUCCAUCACAGCCUCCCUGCGAUUUGAUGGUGCCCUGAAUGUAGAUCUGACAGAAUUCCAGACCAAUUUGGUGCCCUAUCCUCGUAUCCAUUUCCCCCUGGCCACCUAUGCCCCGGUCAUCUCUGCUGAGAAAGCGUACCAUGAGCAGCUCUCUGUAGCAGAGAUCACCAACGCUUGCUUUGAGCCAGCCAACCAGAUGGUGAAAUGCGACCCUCGCCACGGUAAAUACAUGGCCUGCUGCCUGUUGUACCGAGGUGAUGUCGUGCCCAAAGAUGUCAAUGCUGCUAUUGCCACCAUCAAGACCAAGCGUAGCAUCCAGUUUGUGGACUGGUGCCCCACUGGUUUCAAGGUUGGUAUCAACUACCAGCCCCCCACAGUGGUCCCCGGGGGCGACCUGGCCAAAGUGCAGCGUGCCGUUUGCAUGCUGAGCAACACCACGGCCAUUGCGGAGGCCUGGGCUCGCCUGGACCACAAGUUUGACCUGAUGUAUGCCAAGCGUGCCUUUGUCCACUGGUACGUCGGGGAGGGGAUGGAGGAAGGCGAGUUCUCCGAAGCUCGUGAAGACAUGGCUGCCCUAGAGAAGGAUUACGAAGAGGUUGGAGCCGACAGUGCUGAUGGAGACGACGAGGGAGAAGAAUAUUAAUUUUCCUGCCUCUCUAGACUGCCGCUACUGUCCAUUGUGCCAAUACUAAUUAAAAGCUGUCAAGCA